GUUUCCGGUUGCAGCGCUCCGCAUUUGAAAAGGGUUCGGUUGACGCGAGGCUGCAGCGCCAUUGUUAAAAGACGGCUUCGGAAAUGUUGCCGAAAGAGAAACUCUGAUAUUAACAAAAGUGUUUGUACAAGGAGCCCGCAAGCGAUAUUGUUCAAAUAUGGCGCAGCGUGUGGCGACGUCCGACGGAGCGGCCAAGAAGACGUCCAGGGUUCGGGUGGCGGUUCGCCUGCGACCCUUCAUGGGCAGCGAGGACGAGAAGGACGAGGGCCCGUGUGUGAGAGGCCUGGACUCCCAGAACCUGGAGAUCGUCAACUGGAGAAACGCCACAGAAACCGUCAAAUACCAUUUCGACGUGUUUCAUGGUGAGAAGACCACUCAGCAGGAGGUGUUCCUGUCCUCCGUGAAGCCCAUUCUUCCGCACAUCCUGACUGGACAGAAUGCCAGUGUCUUCGCAUAUGGACCCACGGGAGCCGGUAAGACCCACACCAUGAUGGGCAGUUCGGAUCAGCCUGGUGUGAUCCCCCGAGCCGUGCGCGAGGUCUUCAAGCUGGUCAAAGCCAAGGCCGACGAAGGAGGAUGGGACUACAGCAUCGGCAUGUCUUAUUUGGAAAUCUACAAUGAAAAGGUGCUAGAUCUUCUGUCGCCAAGCUCCCAGGAUUUACCAAUCCGAGAGGACAAGGACAAGAACAUCUUCAUCCCCGGCCUCACUCACACAACCAUCUCCUGCUUCUCGGAUUUCGACAAACAAUUUGUCCCCGCCAGUCUGAAUCGCACCACGGCCUCCACCAAACUCAACCAUCGCUCCAGCCGCAGCCAUGCCAUCCUCCUCAUCAAGGUUGUUCGGACCCAGCGCGCCUCGCCCCACAGGCAACAGACGGGAAAGCUGUACCUGAUCGACCUGGCCGGGUCCGAGGACAACCGGCGCACCGGCAACCAGGGCAUCCGCCUGAAGGAGAGCGGCGCCAUCAACCUGUCCCUGUUCACGCUCAACAAGGUCGUGGACUCGCUCAACUCGAGCGCCGCCGUCCGCGUGCCGUACCGAGACAGCAAACUGACGCGGCUGCUUCAGGACUCCCUGGGUGGCUCGUCGCACUCCGUCAUGAUAACCAACAUCGCGCCAGAGUACAAAUACUACUUUGAUACGUUCGGUGCCCUCAACUUUGCCUCCAAGUCGAAGCUCAUUGUGAACAAGCCCUUCACCUGUGAAACCGUGGCGGUGCCUGCGCUGCCAGUGAAGCGAGCCAGAGAAGACCACGCAGCAGGGGGGUCUGGCACUGAGCCACACAAGAAGAAGCACAAAGACGAGCGGAAAACCGAACACGAUGGCUCCUCCCCGUCUUCCCCCUUUGACAGUUUGUCGGACCCGUCUGUGAUGGACAGACUGAUAGCUCUGGAGAAGCUGAUGAUGAACUGCCAGGACAAAGGUGAACUCAGCAUGCUGAAGGAUGUAGCCCAGUCCCGCAAGGAGAUCCAGGAGCUCAAAGAAAAGCAGAAGGAGUUUGAGCGCAAGGCCAUGCUAUUCAGUCGUUUGGAUGGAGAGAAGUCCAAUGCCAAACAUGAGCCGGCCUUCAAGAACAGCGCGGCUCCUCUGCAGAGGAAGCAGUCGGCCGCCACCAAAGCCAAUAAGCAGCAGGCCGUGGUCCAGCCGCUGCAAGUGUCCCAGCUCCAGCCUCUUCAGCAGCUCGCCGUCGUCAAAAAGCAGUCUGUCUGCGUCAAGAAAGUGAAAACGAUUUCGGACCAGGUUGAGCCUCCAGAUGGUAAAGAGAACCUUGUGGAGACCGGUUGGGAAUUCCAACUCGACACAUCUGUGCUGGAGCAAUCCAGGCAGAAAAUCCUGCAUGUCCUCAACACGGGUUCCCUCAAAGAGCUGAAGGGUCUACAGCAGAUCGGCGACAAAAAGGCCAAGCUGAUCCUGGGCUGGAGGGAGAUCCACGGUCACUUCCUAAAGCUGGAGGAUGUGUUGAAGAUCGAGGGGAUGACGGCGAAAAGAUUUUCCACCUUCAUGAAGGCAAACAUCCUCAGCACCAUGGGAAAGUGAUCUUUUUUCAUUUUUUUUUUCUUCAUUUUAAAUAUGUUUUAUGAAGCUUUUGGCACGAAUGCUUUUGUUUUUAAGAUGUUUUUGUAGUUACAACUGUGUUCCAGGUGAUGGCGCACUGCUGCUUUUAAUAAAUAUCUAACGUCUCGGUGAA